AUGGGAGCUUCUAAAGAACGUGCUGGGCCGUCGCCCUUUGACACCUACCAGACGUCAUUGACGUCUAGAUACUGCAGCGAGGCCAUGGCACGGCUGUACGGCCAACGCUCUCGUCACUCGUUGUGGCGCAAGCUCUGGCUGCUCCUAGCAGAGUCCGAGAGCGAGCUUGGCAUCGAUACAAUCACGCCAGAAGCUCUCCAGCAGAUGGCGGUGCAUCUUGAAGUAACUGACGAAGACUUCAAGACUGCCCAAAUCGAGGAAAAAAAGCGCCGUCACGACGUAAUGGCUCAUGUGCACGCCUUUGGAACCGUGGCGCCGGCUGCGGCCGGUAUUAUCCACUAUGGAGCAACCAGCUGCUAUGUCACGGACAACGCAGAACUCAUCCUGAUGCGUGAUGCCAUGGAUCUUCUCCUUCCGAAGUUGUCCAAGGUUAUCUCGAACCUGGCCAAGUUUGCUAUGGAGUGGAAGGAUAUGCCUACUCUGGCUUAUACUCACCUGCAGCCAGCGCAGUUAAUUACAGUUGGCAAGCGAGCAUCUCAGUGGGCCCAGGAUCUUGUAUUGGACCUUCAGAGCAUCGAACAUGUUCGAAACGGGCUGCUCCUUCGAGGUGCCCAAGGAACUACAGGGACGCAGGCAUCUUUCCUCGAAAUCUUUAACGGAGAUGGCGACAAGUGCGACCAGCUCAACGAAUUGAUUUGCAAGAAGACCGGUUUCUCUGGCUGCUAUGAUGUAUCGACCCAGACGUAUACCCGCAAAAUCGACUCACUGGUCGCUAAUGCGAUCUGUGGUCUUGGUUCCACCGCGCAAAAGAUCGCUGGAGAUAUCCGGCAUCUGGCUUCGUGGAAGGAGGCUGAAGAGCCAUUCGAGGCCAGUCAGAUUGGGUCGUCGGCGAUGGUGUGCAUUCCUUCCCACACCUUUCUGCUUCAGGACAGGCAAGCUAACAGCGAGAAGGCGUACAAGAGAAACCCGAUGCGCUCGGAGAGAGUGUCCAGUCUCGCCCGGGAGUUGCUCUCAAAGCAGGCGACGACUGCAAACACGCUGGCUGCGCAGUGGAUGGAAAGAUCAUUAGACGACAGUGCAGUGCGCCGAAUCGACAUUCCGGAGAUGUUCCUCCUGGCAGAUGCAAUCCUCGGCGGCCUCGACAACAUCACGAACGGCAUAGUCAUCUACCCUAAGCGGAUCGCAUUGCGCGUCCAGGAAGAAUUGCCCUUUAUGAUCACCGAAAGCAUCAUCGUGAAGCUCUGCGCCCUUGGCGCAUCAAGGCAGGAGGCUCACGAACAGAUCCGCGUUUUAUCGCAAGAGGCCGGGUAUGCCGUGAAGGGUGAAGGCAAGCCAAACGACUUGGUUCAGAGGAUCAAGGCCAAUGACUUUUUCAAGCCGAUAUGGGGAAGCAUCGACGACAUGUUGAGGCCGGAGCUGUAUAUUGGUCGCAGUGUCACCAUUGUGGAGCGCUACUGUGGCCCUGGGGGUGUGGUGGAGAAGACGAUCCAACCAUACAAGGCGAUCUUUGAGAAGGCUGCAACGACAGAACUUUCAGUGUAA